AAUUAUUAUUUAUUAAUUAAAUAAACUAUCAAUAUCAGUAUGCUAAAUAUCAAUCAAACACUCUUUAGGGGAAUUUAAAAUUGCCCUAUAGGGGAAGUCAAAAUUUUGAUUUCAACUGGCAUUCUUUUAGGAGAACUCGAAAUUUUGAUUUCCCCUAGGGGAAUUUUAAAUCGCCCUAGAUUUUGAUUUCCACUGCAACAUAUAUUUAAUAUAAUUGACAUUUUUGUAAAGUCAUUUUACAUAAAAAGCGAGAUUUCGAUACUUCACAGUAUCAUCAUUAGGCUAAUAUGAAGGCUCAUAUAUCAGUCUCAUAUUAGCUCGAUGAUGAUACUGUGAAGUAUCGCAAGCUCGCUUUUCAUGUAAAAUGAUAAAAUUUUCAGAUCUAUUAUCAGAUAAGAUUUCACACAGUUAUAUAAAUUUUCCCUUGUAGAAAUUGUUCACAUUAAAUACGAUGUAGCAAUCAAAAGGCAAAAUUGGUGAACAUUUCACUGUGAAAAAAAAAAUACAGUUCAUUUAGAGUUCUGGAAAAGUGCUUUUUUGUAUUCAGCAUACUCGAUAACUCAAUAGAUUUUCUAUAUUUAGCGAGGGAUACUGGCAAAGCUUAGGAAAACUUUUUGAACAAAAUGGCACAAAAAAAUUUCCAUGGGAAGAUAAUAUUCGUUUCAAAAUUUUUCUUAAACUCUUGACGGUACCCCUCGUCAAAAAUAGAAAAUCUACUGGAUUAUCGAGUGGGCUGAAUACAAAAAAACACUUUUCCACGGCUCUAAAUGAGCUGCAUUUUUCUGUCGGUGAUCUGAAGCCUAGUCGACAAUAGGUCUGAAAAUUUUUACGUGUAAGUAACUCGAUGUACUCUACAGAAUGGCUAGCUCGAAGUUUUAAGUGAGACUUCAGAAAUUUGAUUUAUAUAGAUUCAACUAACAAAGCAUCGGUCGGAAAAGAUACCAGUUUCGUGAUCAGUAUUAGAAAUUAUCUAUAAUCAAAUAGGUUUCGAGAAGAAGGCGAGAGAGUGGCAUUUGGGUUGUUCCUCCUAAAUUACAUUUGACGUUUCACACAUCGUUGUUUUUCUAUUUUCUAGGUGACGUGAGCAAAGUGGGUCGGAAGAAGUUACAUGUGUUAUUUAAUCCUCGAUUUGUAACGUGUAAUGACAAACAACAUAUUGACUUGAAGAAGAGCGAAGAAACGAGUGUUAAACCUCAGAUUGAUUGUACGUACAGUGGUAAUCCAAGACCACAAAUCGAAUGGCAGAAAGCAAAUCAUGAGAAACUUAUUGAUCAAUAUAAUAAAGAUAGUAUCAAUAUCGUAGAAGAAACACUUCCAUCUGGUGUUUAUAAAUCUAUUGUUAAAUUUAAUCGUCAGAAAUUAGACGAUAUUCAAAAUGGAAUGGCAGAUGGUGACAAAAGUUAUUUUCAAAAAUUAGUUGCCGAUGGAUUUGUAGUUAAACUAAAUUCAAAUUUAACAAAAGUCAUUACAGUUGUAAUCACAGAAGAAGAGAAAAUUCAACUAGGUGAUGCUGCAUCACAAGCACAACACAGUUGGAUGACAUUUUUAGUAUUAUUGAUAGUGGUAUUUCAUUUAUUUGUCUAA